AAUGUGACCGCAUGUGCGGUGAAUUGAAACGUUUGCAAAAAAAGGAGUUGAAACAUCUAAUCUCAUCUGAAUGCUGGUGGAAGGAUGGGCGGGGAGGCCGUCUCACCGGAAGAAGGUGGAGUCAGCUGUAACGUUAGCAACCACGCUGUGAGACAGGAGCGGCGCUUGAGAGGGGUUUUUACCUGAAAAUGACUGUAAAAACAGCCUGAAUCUGCUUCCAAGACGUCGCAUGCUGCUGGUUCUACCGGUGAAAGCACGUUUCGUUCACGUCUUGCUGACUCUGAGUGAGCGAUGACCAACUGCGACUGCCCCCACCUGGACUGUGUGGGAGAGAUCACCAAAGAGGAACUUAUUCAGAAAUCCCAUGGCCAGUGUCAGGAUUGUAAAGUUGGAGGACCAAAUCUGUGGGCAUGUCUGGAGAACGGCUGUGCGUACGUAGGAUGCGGCGAGUCCCACGCCGACCACAGCACCGGGCACUCGCAGGAAACGCAUCAUAACCUGACGGUGAACCUGACCACGCUGCGAGUGUGGUGCUACGCAUGCAGCAAGGAGGUGUUUCUGGAGCGCAAACUGGGCCCUCAGUCGCCUCACCUCAGCCAACCGCUGCUUCCGUCGCAGACCGCUGCUCAGAACAACAACAAGUCCCCCGGGAGUCCGACCUCACUGAGGAUGCCCAGUAAUGGCAGCGAAGACCUGGACAUGGAGACGGAAGAGGAGGAUGACCUGCGGGCCAGAGGCUUGACGGGUCUGAAGAACAUCGGCAACACCUGCUACAUGAAUGCUGCCCUGCAGGCGCUGUCCAACUGCCCUCCCCUGACACAGUUCUUCCUUGAGUGUGGCACUCUGGUGAAGACAGACAAGAGGCCGGCGCUCUGCAAAAGCUACCAGAAGCUGGUGUCGGACCUUUGGCAUAAAAACAGACCUUCCUACGUGGUUCCGACCAGCGUGUUCGAGGGGGUGAAGGCCAUCAACCCCAUGUUCAGAGGGUACUCUCAACACGACUCGCAGGAGUUCCUGCGCUGCCUGAUGGAUCAGCUUCACGAGGAGCUGAAGGAGACGCUGCCGGAGCCCUACGACCCGUCCAGCACCAUCACGUUAGAGGACAGCCCCGACGAGGACAGCCACAGCCAGUCGGACAACGACUUCCAGUCCUGCGAGUCCUGCGGCAGCAGCGAGCGCGCCGACGAGACGCAGGGCGGCACGGCCCUGGCCGACGACACCAACGAGGCGGAGAUGCUGAUUCCGGAGCAGGACGAGAUCCAGGCCAACCGCGAGUGGCAGAAGGAGAAGAACAUGAUUAAUGACAUUUACCGCUCCGGGGUCAACGUUGUUGUGGGCGGGAACACCGGCGUGGUGGACAUGGACAAGGAUGUGGACACCACCACAGAGGCUACUCCCAUUAUCAGCAGCCAGGGCCACAUUAAGAUGCAGAGCAGAACAUCAGAUUCAUUCCCAGAUAUUCAGCUAUCGAACAUCACAAGGCCACACAGUCCAGUUCCGGUGGGGGGGUACGUUUCCAAAAUGUCCACCAGCCCGCCAAAAUCCUCCUCCGUCUGGCCAUGUCUCAACCCUGCACACAAGAAAGCUGCAGUCACCACCUUCUCUCCACCAAAGAGCAAACGUCAAAAGAAGUACCGCAGUGUCAUCUCAGACGUGUUCGACGGGACCAUUGUCAGCUCUGUUCAGUGCCUCACCUGCGAUCGGGUGUCUGUGACCUUAGAAAACUUCCAGGACAUCUCGUUGCCAAUCCCAGGGAAGGAAGACCUCGCAAAGCUCCACGCUGCCACUCAUCAGACCUCCCUGGUCAAGGCCGGCUCCUGUGGGGAAGCUUACGCGCCGCAAGGCUGGAUCGCCUUUGUCAUGGAGUACAUCAAGAGUUGGUUUUGGGGUCCGGUAGUCACGCUACAAGACUGUCUGGCGGCUUUCUUUGCCAGAGACGAACUGAAAGGAGACAACAUGUACAGCUGUGAGAAGUGCAAGAAACUGAGAAACGGAGUGAAGUUUUGUAAAAUGCAGAGUUUGCCGGAGAUCCUGUGCGUCCACCUGAAGCGCUUCAGGCACGAGCUGAUGUUCUCCACCAAGAUAAAUACACACGUGUCCUUCCCGCUGGAAGGUUUGGACCUGCAGCCAUUCCUCGCCAAAGACGGCUUGGCCCAGACCACCAACUAUGACCUGCUGUCAGUCAUCUGUCACCAUGGCACUGCCAGCAGAGGACACUACAUCGCCUACUGCAGGAACGACGUCAACAAUCUGUGGUAUGAGUUCGAUGACCAAAGUGUGACAGAGGUUUCAGAGUCCUGCGUCCAGAAUGCAGAAGCUUACGUGCUCUUCUAUAAAAAGAGCAGCGAGGAUGCGCUGAAGGAACGUAGGAGGGUGUCGGCCCUGUUCAACAUGAUGGAGCCCAGUCUGCUGCAGUUUUACGUCUCCCGCCAGUGGCUCAACAAGUUCAAGACCUUUGCCGAGCCUGGGCCCAUUUCCAACGACGACUUCUUGUGCUCUCAUGGAGGCGUGCCACCAAACAAAGCUGCAUUCAUCCAUGACCUGGCAUUCAUGCUGCCGCAGAACGUGUGGGAUCACCUUUACACCAGAUACGGAGGCGGCCCGGCUGUUAACCACCUGUACGUCUGCCAAACGUGCCAGAUCGAGAUCGAGAAACUGGAGAAACGGCGCAAAUCCGAGCUGGACAUGUUUGUCAGGCUAAACAAGGCAUUCCAGGAGGAGGAGUCUCCAGUGGUCAUAUACUGCAUCAGCAUGCAGUGGUUUCGUGAGUGGGAGGGCUUUGUCAAAGGCAAAGACAAUGAUCCACCUGGACCAAUCGACAAUUCCAAGAUAUGUGUCACCAAGAACGGCCAUUUAACACUGAAACAAGGUGCUGACUCGGGGCAAAUCUCUGAAGAGACUUGGCACUUCCUGCAUUUAAUUUACGGCGGCGGGCCCUUGCUCACGGUCCGACCGAACAUCAGCCACCAGGAGGCCGAACCGUCGCAGUCGGAGGAGAAGAUCGAGAUGGAGACCCGCUCCCUGUAACCCGCGCCGGAGCCUACGGAGCACAGUCGAGGAAACGCCUUUUUAUUUUGCACUUUUCUUUCGAGACGAUUCAAAGGACUUCGCGGCUACAUGAAGGAGCAAAUAAUUCUGAUCUGUCUUUCAUGUUGUACAAAUGUGUAUAAAGAGCUCUGAUAUUUCUAUUAGCACUGUCAUCUGUCUGGUUGUUUUGGGAGCCAAGCAUUUUAAAGUGUGCAGCUAAGAUUUACACUGAAUGCCAUAUUUUUUUUGAGCAGAUGUCCACGUCUUGUGUCGCGUAUACUUAAAGAUCACUCUGUAUCUUGACAUCGAUAUUCCACCUGUUUUUUUUUUUGUUUUUUUUUUUAACGAUGACCUGAAGCUUGUGACACGGAUGAGCCGUAACACUUCCAGUGGUGAUGAUUCUGCGGCGACAAAGGGACUGGACGAGUCUCAGGAAUGUUUUGCACUGUCCUGUAGAUGAAGAAUUGGCAUGUUCAAAAGAGCAUUAUAGUGUACCUUCACUGACAGCCUGGAUAGAGCACUAGAUUAUUGAUCACAGAAGGGAGUAAUUUAACGUUAUUACAUUGUUGUAAAGAUGCUAUCGCAGGCGUAGUGUGUCAGAAGUGCAUGCUUUCACAUUCAACCCCAGUUCACCAUCACUGCAUGGAAAUUCAACGCUGCUCCUUAAAUGUGCACUGAAGUCACGGCACGUCCAGCUUCUCUGAAACAAAUAGCGACACGUCGUAGUGUGACAUAGGGUGUUGGUUAGGAAUCAAUCAGAGGCAUUAUUUUCUGAAUGGAAACGGAGUGGCGGCUCUUAGAGAUCAACUUGUGCUGUAGGUUUUGCAUAUGGAUGUCUCUUCUGUCUGAUGUUGGCUGACACUAUUAAAACUCGUUGAACGUUGUUUUGACUCAU